UUAUUUUAAAAACUGUUUGGCCGCUCAUAGUUAAAUAAGAAGCUCGCGCACGUUUUAAGUAUUUAUUCUAAAUUUUCUUCUACAAAAAGACUAAUUACUGAGUUUUUAUUCACAAAUUUCAUUAAGUGUGAGGAACAUAAAAUAAGAAAUUUUUUCAUUGACGUUUUUAAAUUUACAUUCCACAGUGGGUACCCCUGCAGCCACCGGUUAUUUCUUUCGAAAACUACUAAUCAAAGUGGCGGCGGCAUAAAACAAUUGAAUAAUUUGACAUUUUGUACGAAAAUUGACAAUGGAGGCUUUCUUGCAAGAACUUAAUGACUUUCUCGUUGUUCCUCUCACUCAGGGAGCAACUCGCAUUGCUGUGGCAUUUGUUGCAAACCGAAUUUUCGCGGAAAUUGCAUACAACUCUGUUCCCAGGGCAUUUGUUUCGUUAGGCUGUUAUUUUGGUGUUGGCCACUUAUUUUUCUUAGUCUCGACUGAAUUAUUUUUGUUUUCCAUAAGCACAAUUGUGAUUUUUGCCGCAUGCUUUUCUAUUGCUUUGCUUUCGAAAAAACUGCUUAAAUGGAAUAUGCAAAAAACACUAAAAAUACUAAUCUUAAUUUAUUCCUCGUUUUGUUUUAGGAUUCACACAGAGCGAAGUGAUUUCGAUCAAUUCGUUCUUACUUUCAUAAUUAUGGCUACAAAAUUGUUAUGUGCGGCUGAGAAACUGGAGAAGAAAGCGACGUUUAAACUGCCUAAAGUGUUUGUUUUGGUCUCAUACUUGUGUUACUUACCUUGGAUUUCUUUUACUGAGUUUGUGCAACUUUUUGAUAAGCGAUACGAAUUGAAUGAAAAUUGGUGGAUAAUGGUGACAUCAGCGGGAUCCCGGGUUAUUCUUUACAAACUAAUGUCGUUUAAAAUGAUAGAAUAUGACAUAAUCGGAGAUUUUUUCCUAAAACCACAAAUAUUCUCAAUUCUGCGGGCAGUUCAGUUUAGAACCAGGUAUUAUUACCGCGCACAAGUAGUUGAGUUUGAGACAUUAGCACUCGGUUUAAAAAAAUUUGACUGGUUAAAGCACUCAAUGUUUGACUUUCAUGUAGCUGAAUUUUCUAUCUUAAUCAAGGACUGUUUUUUGAAUAUCAACCUGCCCUUAACAUCAUAUAUUCGUGACAAGAUUGCAGCAGCGAAGGAUAAACGUCUAGUUCUGUUCCAUAUAAUGGCAAUAAUCUUGGUGGUGGCCACUUAUAAUCUCAGGUAUUCGGUAUUGUGGAUGCUGGUCUUGGGUAGCAUUUAUCUGCAAGAGAAAGCAUUGCAUGCGCUUGCUGAUUACUACGAUAUUUGCCUUUUUUCAUGCCCUUCUCCCUUUUGUUACCAUAAAUUUGGUUUGCGUAAAUAUAGCUUUUAUUUUUUGUAUUCAGUUCUAGUCUUACACAAUCAGUUUCGCAUGUCGAUACUUUUUGUAAAUCCGGAAACAGUAAAUUUCAUGUCAUCAUUCACUUGCACACUUUUUGCUAUUGCUACUGAUAUGGUUAUAAUUUUAUUUAUGAGCAUGAAACAUAAGACUGAUUUUCACUAUUUUAAGUAUUUGAAGAAAGACUAAUUUUAAUGUGUUUUAGUUUAUAUGACAAUGUUUUGUGGUUCCUUUCGUUCAAAAUAAAAGUUUGUAUUUAUUAAUUCAUAUUUAUUUAGAAAUAUUCAAAAGACAAAAGGCACACACAGAAAGUUGAUUACACUUGUUACAUAGUUGUUCAUUUUUUUCUGAGUAAUACUUGGUGGUAA